AUGGAGAAUGUGAGAAUGUUACAAAAGAGUGUGAAGAAGCUUCACUUUGGAAGCUGGGAAGAGAAAGAAGAGGCAGCAAAGGAGAUAGAAAGGUUGGCUAAAGAAGAUGAGAAGGAAUUUUGUACGUUUUUUUUCAGGAACAAGGCUUUGAUAGUGGAGGCAGGAAUAUUGUGCAAACUGCCUAAGAAAAUUGAGCUUGAAGAUGAAUCAAUAAGAGAGUUUGCAGACUUGCUCUCUUCGUUAUCUUCUCUUGGAAACAUCCAAUUUCGUGAUUCUUCGUUAAACUUUCUCCAAUUUCUGAUAGACAUUCUAAAGUCAUGCCGAAGCUUUGAUACAAAAGAAUCGUGUUUGGUAGCCAUGUGCAACAUCUCAACUGUGCUAGAGAAUGCAGGGCCUUUGGUUUCUAAUGGAGUUGUACCUAUUCUCUUGGAACUGUGCUCAGAGAAAGGAACUUCAGAGAAAGCACUUACCAUCCUUGGGAACUUGGGAGUGACUUUAAUGGGAAAGAAAGCAUUGGAGAACAGCUCAACGGUGCCAAAAUGCUUGAUUGAGAUCUUAUCUUGGGAAGAUGAACCCAAAUGCCAAGAGUUGUCAGCUAAUAUUCUGAUUAUUCUGGCUCAUAAAAAUUCAACACAGAUAAAUAAAAUGGUAGAGUCAGGGAUUAUUCCUGUACUUCUUCAAGUAGCUUUAUUAGGGACUUCUUCGGCUCAGAAAAGAGCACGGAAAUUAUUGCGAUUGUUCAGGGAUGAACGGCAAAUAAAGAUGGCGAAACAUUCAGGCCCACAUUCUUCAAGAAUUGCACUUGAAAAUCAAAGAGAUAGAGAAGAAGGGAAGAGAAUGAUGAAGAGUUUAGUUAGAGAAAGUCUGCAUAGGAAUAUGGAAAUAAUAACUAAAAGAGUUAAUGCAGGUGAGGAUUCUUCUAAUGGGCUCAAGUCCCUGCUUACCAGCACAAGCUCCAAAAGUUUGCCGAACUGAGGCUUAUUCUGUCUUAAAAUUUCUUACAGACUUGAUUGGUGUGCGUAGACAGUCAUCGAUGGCACAGUUUAAGCCGAAGCAAUUUUACGUGGAAAACUCAUCGAUCUGUAUAUAUGAAGAUUUUUCCAUUUCGGAGUAAAAUGAAAAUACACUACACCGAGCCAAAAUCUGGUGAUAAUAGAUUAAUAAACUUUUUCAUAUUUGUCUUUUAGCAGAUCAUUAUUAUACACAUUAAGAGUUAUUUCUAGCCUAUUUCAACAAAUAACUUAAAACCCAUUUACAUUCUACGUAUAAAAAGCAUUAGCCAAUCUCACCGCCAUUGCUGUCAGAUAAAUUUGUUUUACUACUACAUUUAUUCACAACUAAAAAUAAUUAUGCAUUUAUAUAGAAAACCUUCUAAACAAAAUCUAGUCGAGAUUUGGAUCAUAGUUGUACAACGUGUAAAGGACCAAUCACGUAUUCGGGAUCAAUUACAGUACAACGCAAAAAUUCUAUAAUUUGCAACUACAAAUAACUUCAAACAUAUUUAGUCAUAAUCAGGCAUAACACUUCGAAUAAUUUACAUUCU